UAGUGUAUUGGACCUUAAAAGUUAUAGUCGCAUCUGUUCUAUAAAACUUGCAUCCUUCGCCAUGUCGGGGCCGAUGGUCUAUGUCACGACCAAAUCUUACGACGUCGGUACCAACCGCUGGGGCGAGCGGCCCACCAUCCUGUCCAUGGACGACCGGCCGUUCGCAGAGGGCGGCAUGAGGAGAGCCUACAGCGCGAAGGACUGGGGCAUCCUCAAGUCGUCCUGUCAGCCCAAGGUGCUGAAGCUACAGAAACACAAACGCUACACCAAGGCAGAGGCGGAGGCAGACGUCAAGAUGCAGAUGAAGUGCGUGGCCCUUGCUGAGAAAUACAACAGCCACAGUUGCAUUCCCAAGAAGGUGUCGUUCUGCAGCGCCCAGCUGGUGCAGUUCCAGGCGGGACCGUACAAUGGGCAGUACGGCGUGCUGGAGGACUACAUCCCGGGCACUUUCGAGAAGCACAACCUCAACUUCCCAAUGAAACCUCUCUCCUGCCGCAACACUCCACAGGCCUUCUCACACUUCACGUUUGAGCGGACAGACGGCAGGAUGCUGGUGUGUGACGUGCAGGGUGUGGGAGACCAGUACACGGACCCGCAGAUCCACUGCAUGGACGCCGACCUGCAGUACGGCCAGGGGAACUUUGGCGCGCACGGAAUCAUCUCGUUCGUCAGCAACCACAGGUGUAACGCCAUCUGUCGGGCACUCAAGCUCACCCCCAUCAGGGAGCUACCCAACCGCUGGGGCUCUCCGCCGGGCAAGGCGGCUACGGCUCCGGUGCCGCGGUAUUACUGACUCUAACGCUCGUCAGAUUUGGGACAAGGGAACCUAGCGUUCUUCCCAACUACUGUACUUUAAGUUUGAGUGUACCAAGUUUGCCAGAGUCGGCUAACAGUCCCAUGGCCAUGGGUUGGCGAAGUGUACUUUUACGUCUUGCAAGAACAUGUGUUCUACAAAUGGCAUCCUUCUCACAUAACAUAUUCUAUGUUAAGUUACAGACUAACUACGAUUGUAAUAACCAUGUAAGAGCAUUUUUGUUUCAUAGAAAUACGUGUUUAUACUAAGGAGACUCA